GCCCCAUGCAGGAGACGGUGAGAGAUUUCUGGAGGAUGAUCUGGCAGGAGAAUUCCGGCAGUAUCGUCAUGGUUACCAACCUGGUGGAAGUGGGCAGGGUGAGUUCAUCAAAGAGGAUUUGUUAAAACAGUACUACUCUGGGGACACUGCCAAUCGGCUAAGAACGUGUGACGUUAUUGCAGAACCGUCAACGUUCUUAUACGGAAUGGAUUUCUGUGGUGUUUCUUUCCCCGCUGCAAGAGCCAGUUGUUUAAUAGGUCAGGGUGUGUCAAUCACAGCUCGUAUUCCCCUUCCCUACACCGCAUACCAUUACUGUUCACAACGAACAUAUUUUCACAACAAAUAUAUAAGAUAACAAAUAGUUAAAAACAAAUCAACAACAAAUGGGGCGGCAGGUAGCUUAGUGGUUAAGAGCGUUGUGCCAGUAACCGAAAGGUCGCUGGUUCUAAUCCCCGAGCUGACUAGGUGAAAAAUCUGUCGAUGUGCCCUUGAGCAAGGCACUUAACCCUAAUUGCUCAUGUAAGUCGCUCUGGAUAAGAGCGUCUGCUAAAUGAUUAAAAUGUAAAUGUAAAUGUGACCAUUUUUUUUAAAUUCAACGCCACUAAAUCGGGCCUCUUUGUAUGUAUUAUCAACCGCAGAAAUAUAAUGUGAUUAUAUUUCUAUGCUAUUAACUGCUCUGAUUGGUCCUUUAAUGUUAAGUUUAAUAAUAUUAUUUUGGGGACCCCUUUUGGCUCAAAAGCACCCCCAAAGGCAAAAGUACCAUACAGCCUCUUUAAGAGACAAAGAUUUGACCAUGUGUGUUUCUCUUCCCAGGUGAAGUGUGUGAGGUACUGGCCUGACGAGACUGAAGUGUACGGAGAUAUCAAGGUGACACUGAUCGAGACAGAGCCAUUGGCCGAGUACGUCAUCCGCACCUUCACAGUACAGAAGGUAAACCGACUAAGUCAAUAACCAGGCUUGCUUGUUUUGUUGUCAUUAAUUCCGACCUACCGGAUUAACAUUGUGGUUGACUGCAAGGUGAAGCUAUGUUGUCCAACUGGGAAAUGGGAGCAUAAUUGAACACUGGUAAUCAGUGAGGAUUUGCAUUGAAAGAAGCACAAUUCAGUUGGGAUGCAGGAUUCCGAAUGCGACGCCAUUGUUCUGUUAGCUCCCUUUGAAAGGGAAAUAUCAGCGGAACAGUCACGAAACUAGCAAGCUUUGAUAGGCUUGAAAUGCAUCUUUCUGUGGCUCUGUGAAAGCCGCUUAAGCAGACAACACAACAGCUUGUAGUCAACUCAUUUUGCAAUGCUUUAAUCCAUCUGUUUUGCAAGAGAGCUAACUUCCUUUUAACCUGCUCACACUCUUCAUUUGAAAGGGAAACAGGACAUUGUCAUUACGAAACUCCACCAUCACACCACAACCUUAAAUCCCAGGCCUUAAAAAGCAGUGCACCGUGAUGGCCAGGGAUCACGCUUCGGAUGCGUAUGCGUUCAAAUAGAGCGUAUUAAAUCAUUUUAAUUGCAGCAAAUAAUGAGUUCUGAAAUUAUGAAAAGCAUUAUUAAUGAUGAGUCCAAGGGGAUUAUUUUACUACACCACGCAGAUAGAUAGAUAUUUAGGCCCGCACACACACACACUCACACUCACACUUUAAUCCAUGAAGAAUAUGAUAAACCAGAGCCCACUGGUUUGGCAAGCUUAGACACAGUUUACCCCCGCUUUACACUGUUACCACCUUUAAUAGUGGAUCCGUCGACCCAUGUGUCCAUACACUCCAAACAGUGAAGGUAUUUUAACUGCGGUAUUAAACUGUUAUGUGGGUUUUGCUGGCAUAUCAAAGCUGGCAGGCAGGGAUUAAACAGCUCACCAACCCAAAUGGCAAUUAACCGCUUAGCAUUAGCACAGGGAGUGGAGGUGUGAAGCCUGUGAUUAUUAUUACUACUGUAGCCCAGCGUUGUUCUGUAAAUGGCCACUUUCCAGUUUCCGCACAUCCACUCCCUUUAUGUGCUGCUGCCUUCGCUGAUAUCCUUAUUGGAGUGGGAUUUUAAUAUCAUGCCACGUGCCUUUAAGAGUGAGAACCACUUACCUUCCACUCUGCCGAGUUCACGUUGCCAUGGUAAACAUGAGCUUGGCCCUACCUACCUUCUUUCCCAAUCUGUGAUUUACUGCAUGUUGGGCUUUGUUGUUUCACAUCUUAGAUGUUUACAUCAUAUUGAUUUCGGAAUGUAAUUUCAACAUCAAAGGAAAGGAAAUCAAUAGGCCUCCAGUUAUCAAAUCACCUUUGUUUUGGCCCCCUCAAUACUUGCCCGUAUGCUCAAGUCGUCAAAAUGCAUUUUCUUAAAAUAAACAAAUCGAUAGCUACUGUAUAUUCAGUUGUUGAGCUGGAAUGGGAGCCUGUCAGACCUACAGUUUCCAGGAAGUCCCAUAUGUCUUCAUUUGAGCCUCCAUUUUGUUUAGUCUGCCCGCAGUUUCCAGGAAGUACAGGAAACUCUGACAUUUCUGACUUGGAAACUUGUUGUAGAAAGAGGAGGCACCAGUUUCCCACUUGGAAAGUAUCAGAAUCAAUAGGAAGCUAUACACAAAUAACUUAUGUUCAUUUUAACUUGGAGUUUCCAACUUGUCAUGAAUGCACCAUUUGUCUCCAUUUGAGCCUCCAUUUUGUUUCGUCAGCCCACAGUUUCCAGGAAGUCGACUGUAGAUGUCCCAAUUUAAGCCAUUUUGUUUCUUCUCAGAAGGGCCACCACGAGAUUCGAGAGAUCCGUCAGUUCCACUUCACCAGCUGGCCUGACCACGGGGUGCCCUGCUAUGCCACCGGCCUCCUGGGCUUCGUCCGCCAGGUCAAGUUCCUCAACCCGCCCGACGCUGGCCCCAUUGUGGCCCACUGCAGGUACGUACUGUCCAUGCUGAGGGGGAUUGUGGGACAUAACACAGGACUACUCGGAUGACAUAUUUGUCACUCAGGGCUUUUGUCUAUGUAUUUAUUUAUACCUUAUUUCAUCAGAUAAGUUGAACAUAUUCAUUCAGUAUGUCAAUGACCCAGUCCAAACAACCUAACUUAAGUCUUUAGGUCUCAGACACAUUUCCCCAUCACGGUACUGUGGUUUUGAACAGACUCUGUUACACAUGACUGCUCAGUAAUUUGCUGUUGAGAUCAAUCAGAUGGCAGAGUUCAUUCAGGGACUAUAGGGCAAGAAAUAAUAAGGUGGCUGACUGAUAUUACUAUACUCACUGCCUCCGGUAACACCCAAAUACUGUACCUACACACUCUAUUUGACUGCCACUUCCUGCUACACCACAGGUCCCUGCACUCCCCAGAUUCCCACAUAAAUAACAACAGUAGCUAGCGGCAGGUAGCCUAGCAGCUAAGAGCGUUGGGCCGGUAACCAAAAGGUUGCUGGUUCAAAUCCCUGAGCUGCCUUUGUGAAAAAUGUGUCCUUGAGCAAGGCAUUAUAACUAACUGCUCCUGUAAGAUGCUCUGGAUAAGAGCGUCUGCUAAACGAAUAAAAUGUAGCUGGGAGCCUUCACAUACAUUUUUAGUGGGGAAAAUGAAUGAGCGAGAGCGAUGGGAGACCAAGGCCUCUCUCUCUCUUACUCUGUCUCUUAUCUACCCCUCCCCAGCCCACUCAAACACCCACCCCUUGAAACAGAGGCAUUGAGCUCAGACAGGCGGUGUGGGGAGGCAAGGGGGAGUGGAGAAGAGGGAAGUGGACGGAGGGAGGGAGUGAGUGAGCGUGCACAAUGAGAUGUGACAGGGAGAGGCUGCUAAAUGGCACAAUGCAAUUUUACAUUUGGCUCGGGUCUCUCAAAACAAAGCAGAUGUGACUAAGACAUUUUCAGAGUGGAUUAGCUGAAGUGCCAAGCACUGGUCUUUUUGCUCUCAUGAAGCAUAAGGCGCCUUGCUCCCUCUAAUACCUCAAGGACGAGAUUGGGAGAGACUAUGGCAAAGGUUAAUACCGCCACCUUAUCCCCUAACCCUUCUUAUCUUUGCCCACUCAUAAAUUGGAUCCAUGACAUUAACCUUUACGAACCACCUGGGAAAAAGGGAGCUUUCACACCUGUCGCGGGAGAGUGACAUCCACUUUAUCUGUCUCUGUCUGUCUGUCUGUUUGUCCCUCCUUCUCUUUUCUUCCUAAGAGGCAUGGCAUUUGCGUCCCCAUAGCAGUCCACUAUAUUUUACCUCUGUGUAUCUCUCAUUCAGUAUGUCGUUGCUUUUCCACAACCCAAACCGUGGUCGGUUCACGUUCUCCUAAACAAAUCAGCCUGGCUUUUGACGUCCAACCUCCCGAUUGCUCCCCAACCGAAUUCCCCCAUUGAGCAUUGACAACGAAUGUCCCAUGGAGCUGCCUAUAGGUUGGCAGCCAUUCCCCCACUGAACUGAACGAUAGACGGAAUGAUGAAGUCCAACAGGAUGAGCUUUGGCCCGCAGAGCGAAGGCCCCACAGACAGACUGUGGAGUAAUUUCUAAUUUCCUGGGGCACUCCUUGGCCGUUAUCCCCCUGCCAGGACCCAGUUGUUCGCUGCGCUCGCCAUUAAUCACUGGCGGCUGACAGGCAAUCUGCCGGGCUGCCGAGCCACUGAGCGGCCCCCGGCUCCUGAGCUCCGAAGCUGGGACCUGUCAGGAUGCUGCCGAGUGAGUGAUGGCUGAGCAGCCCCCCUCUCCUACCUCUCCUCUACCUCUUCUCCACCAUUAUGUCCCUUGCUCCCUCCCUCCCUUCCACUCAGCCACUCUGCUGGGUUUAUUUCCUUAACACCUAACACCAGGGUUAGGGGAAAUGGCUCUAACCCCUACCUGUAACUCACAGGGCCUGAUGGAGUGCGCUGUUUGUCAGCGCUGUAAGGCCGUCCUGCCUCGUUUGGAUAACUGUGGGUGUGCAGCGGGGUUCAAUAUAACCCUCGGCCUGUUUAUUAUAGGGCUGGAGCAUGUUUCUUCAUGUGUCGCCACCGUCGCUAACUGUGGCAGGUCGAUACGGAGGACAGAUAACAAACUGCACAGUCUGUACUGUACGGAACAUACUGGAAACAUUAAUUAAAUGGUUUCUCUCUCUCUCUCUCUCUCUCUCUCUCUCUCUCUCUCUCUCUCUCUCUCUCUCUCUCUCUCUCUCUCUCUCUCUCUCUCUGUUUCUCUGUCUCUCUCUCUGUCUUCUCUCUCCCUCCCCCUUUCUCUUUCCAGUGCCGGGGCUGGAAGGACAGGCUGUUUCAUAGCUGUGGACAUCAUGCUGGAUAUGGCCGAGAACGAGGGAGUGGUGGACAUCUUCAACUGCAUCCGGGAACUGCGCUCACAAAGGGUUAACAUGGUGCAAACCGAGGUUGGUGAAGCAGCAUAC